GGGAUAGGCGGGGACGUCGAGACCUCGGGCUCUUUGCCCCGGCCCGUAGAGAAUAAACAGAGCAAAAGCUCCGGAACACCUGGUUUUGUAUACCCAUUCCGGCUCUGAAAUGACAAAUAAGAAGGACCACUAGCUGCAAUCCACUGUCCGCGAAAAUGUUUUCCGCGCCACGGCGGGCUUCUACUUCAGAUUUGGCGGGCUCCGUAACGGGCUCCUCUUCUGCCGUGGGGCCGCCAAGAACUGCAGGUGCCGCGAGCAGCAGCAGGUCGCCUUCGGGACAAUUUCAGGAGGAACACCACCAGAGAAAAAAUCGCUCCCUGCGGCCCCGGCAGACAACAAGUACCACGGCACCGACGACGUCCACUAGCACCAGGGGUCGGGCGUCGACCGAGCAUGAUCUGUCGUCCCAGAGGUUUUCCUCCGCGCGGGACGACUCGGCGCAGGUAGAGGAAGGGGAUGAAGGCAAUCGAGAUGAACCACAUAACACGUCGGGGGAAAUAAUCAUGGCGUCUCCGUCCACGCAGGACCGCGACGGCGAAAGUCGUGCAUCCCAGUCUCCCCAGCUCGGCGGGAAUAAAGAGACGAACAACAUAACAAGGAUGAAUACCGCCGGAGUGAGAAGUAGUACAAGUACGCAAGUCACAAGUCUGGCGGCGGUGCCCUUGGCCUUGGAAACAAGUAACGACACCGCUACCGCCGGAACAACGGCCUGGCGUCACGAAAAAGCCAUGCGGCGGGUCUUCGCGCGGAAGAAGUCGCUGCUAGAAUCUGGGGACUACGUGAAGGAGAUCGAGGCGCAGCUCCGCGCCGCGACGGAGGCCUUGGAGGAGCUGGAGGACGGGCAGACGCCGAUCAAUGCCCCGGCUAUUGCACUCGACACGCGAUCCAGCAGGACCACGAGGCGAGGGGGCCGUGGCGCUAGUACUAGUUCUGGCACGACCCCUUCCGUUUCCCAGCACCAGCACGCCUUGUCCACAACGCCAACCCACCACCUUCGGCACGCGACUGCGAGUGGGCACGCGUCGAACGUGCAACCAAAGCCGGUGGUCAACUACAACCGGGCGUCUACCCAGGACCUGGCGCGGAUCGUGAAACGACAAGAGGCGAAGGUGGAGAAGUACCAGGGCGAGAUAGAAGAUUUGCUCGAGGAAAUCGACACACUGAAGCGGGAGAAGCACGACGCGAAGGUUGUGAUGGAGCAGUUCAAAGCGCAGGAGAAGAAGCACGAGCGCAGGUGGAAAAAGGAGGUGGAGGAGCGGGAGAAGCUGCAGGUGGACUACGACAAGGUGAAACUGGCAAACGAGUCCAACGAGCGCAAAAUCGAGGGCUUGCGCCGCCGCCUCGUGGUCGCGCAGCAGCACGCCGGGCAGACGGGAGGGCACGGUGGGCAACAUCAACAGAACCUCCUUUCCGCCACGGCGUCCAAAAGCAGCACGCUAGUACAACCCGGAGUAGACCACGACUGCAUGCAACUGACGAAGUCUUCCAAUCCGACGCGGUCGCCGAUCGGCUUGCUAUCAGAGCAAGAUCGAGAAGAUCUCCUGCAGCCGGCAGAAAGUUCGACCACCACCGCAGCGGCCGCAGCACAUGUUUCCGCGUCGUCCCCCCGGUUUGCGACCACGGACAGCGUGAAUCUGGCGGAGAUUAGGGGACUAACGAGGCAGCUCGAGACCGUCACGAAGAGCGAGCACGAUUGGAAGGCAACCGCGCUGGAGUGGCAGCGCGACUUUAAGGAACUGCAGGAACUCAAUCAGUCCCUGAAAGGGGAACUGGAACGGAUGCGCGAGGAGCAGCAGCAGGGAAUGAAUGCUGACGGGACAAAAGUCAAGUCCCCCCAAGGAGAGACUCUGGGCGGGCUGUACGAUUUCGAAGCGCGCUUCAAAGAGGAGCAGCAUGUGCACAGGCAAACCAGACGCAACCUAGGCAUUGCCGAAGAGAAAUACCGAGCAGUGGUUGACGAGGCGGAAAAAUCAAAACUGCAGUGGGAGUCCGAGCGGGAGAAGUACGAAACACAAAAAGAGGAAUUACUGCAGCGUAUGGACCAGAUCAGCGCGUCUGGUAUGUAGCACUUUUAUUUUGAAAGGUCGGCUGUUCCUAAUAAAUUACCCAAACCAACAAGAACGAAGAAAAACGUAUUUGCGCGUCCUUUCCGUCUCCGGCUGUUCCUGUUUAGUUUUACCCUUUGCAGUGGAGGUACUAACUUACUUAAGGGUUCUUCUUCUUGGGGCUCUUGCUGGUCACUGCACAACAGACGCUCGUUCGUUGUGCAAUUUUGUUCGUCUACUCGCGGAAGAUUCAUACUACAUCGGAUCGAAAUUCUCAGGUACCGACGCGUUGGAAAAGCUGAAUCAAACUUUUGCGGCUGACCUGGAAAAAGUACAGCAAACUUCCAAGGAGGAGCUAGAGGCUUUUCAAAAAGCUAGCUCCGAAGAGAUCGAGUUUCUGAAGGCCAAAAACGCCGAGGAGCUCGAGCGCGUUAAGCGAGAGGCCGCAGCAGAGAAAACCCGGGAGCUGGAGAAGCUGCGAAUGCUGAACAGCAAGGAGCAAGCCAAGCGGCUGCUGCAGCAGGAGCAGGAGCUGCGGCUGAUCCUAGACGCGGAGCUGGAGAGCGCGGAGCGGAAAAAGGUCGCAGCGGUCCAGGACAAAAACCAGGAAUGCCAGACAGCGUUGGAAACAAAGGUAAAAGAACUAGCGACCCAGCACACCGCCGCGCUCGAGGCGGUGCAGCAAAAUUACGUGGAGAAGAUGGAAAAGCAGCGGGCACAGUUCGACACCGAGAUGACGGAACGGUUCGCCCUUGCGGAGCAGCUGAAAGCCAACCACGUGGGCGAACUCGGGAAGUUGCGCGCGGACUGCACCGCCGAAAUCCAGGCUUUGAAGGCGGAUUUGGCGCUGCAGCACGCCGCGGAAGUCAAUGACCUGAAAAAGCAGUAUGCAAUGACGAUGGAAAAGAUGCAGGGCGAGCACGCGGAGAGGGUGACAACGACGCACAGUGACCAUAGCGCACUUCUGCAGUCGAAGGAGGCGGAUUUCCUGCAAUCUCUCGCAGCGAAGGAUGUGGAACUAGCGGAGCUAAAGGACGCUCACGAAGUAACCCUCGACACGAUGCGCAACCGCCACGCGGACGAGAAGGAAUUUCUGACAGAACACCACGAAACCAAAUUUUCGCGUCUCGUGGAGGAGACGGAAACAGCGAAAGACGCAGCGGACGAGCGUUUUCGCGCCACCACGAGCACGAUGGCCUCGGAGCACGAGGAAAAGCUGACGUCGCUCGAGCGCGACCACGCUCUAGCACUGCAGGAACUGCAGCUGAAGGCUGACGCCGAAGCGGCCAGCCUGGUCCAAACCCACAAGGCCGGGCUGCAGGAAGUAGAGCAGCUCCACACCAAGCAUCUCGAGGCGGUCAAGCGAGACCACGCGGCCGCGAUCGAGGAACUAGAGGCGAGUCACAACACCGCAACCAGGCGCCUCCACGACGAGUACGCAAACACGCUGGACCGGGUGCACGAGGAGCAGGACGCGCGGGUCAAGGAGCUGCGAAAGGAGCACGAGACGGAACUUUUCGACAAAACCACCGAAUUGUCAAACCAGCAUGCGGAGAAAACGAAGAAGCUGCAGAACCAGCACGAAGAGGAGCUCACCGCGCUGGAGGAGCGAACGGCGUCGGACAUCUCGCAACUGAAGGCCGGGCACCUGCGCACCACCCAGAUGCUGGACCAGGCCCACCGCGCCGAGAUUGACACCCUGCGGGAGGAACACAAGGCGGUGCUGGAGGAACUAAGCAUCGCCAACGGCGCGGUCGUCGAGGAAACCGAGAAGAGAAUAAACAAAAUCGAACAGGAGCUCACCGAGAAGGUGCGACAAGUGCAGGAAGCCAAGAACGUCCUGGAGCAGCAGCGCGUCGCGGACCUCGCGGACCAGCGGGCGCAGUACGAGUCGCAGCUGAACGACGUGCUGGAGGAACACGAGAAGGAAGUAAGCAAAGUGGAGAAGGAGGUGCGGCAGGAGUUGGAGGACGUCGGUAGACUAUCCUGUGCAAAAGUAUCGUACUCGUAGUAAUCGCAAACAUGCAUUACAAAUCUUGCUCUUAAGGUUUUAUUUCUCAUGCUGAGAAAAUUUGUAAUGCAUUUAUUAUACGAGUACGAUAGGAUACUUUUGCACAGGAUAUAGACUCGCGCUCGAGCAACUGGACGAAAAUCUUCGUGCGCAGUUAUUACAAUGAAAAAUGCCCCCACCCCCGAACUUGGGAGCAUUUGUAUUCGCAAACCUUUCCAAAUGAAACAUUCGCCCUCUUGCAUCUAUCAGCAUCACAGGUUUUCAAUCGUGAAUAGCAAAAAUUUGUAUUGCAAAAGGCCCCAGCAAGAGCGGCGCUUGCCAUGCAAGCUAUGCGAUACACGCCUACAUUCUGCAUCAGAAAGAUUCAUACUCCUUUCAUGCAUGACAAAAAGUUUUCAUUUGUAAACUUCGCAUCACAAAUUUUUGCAAUUUAGGGGUGGGAGGCACUUUUCACUGUAAUAGCAGUUCGAGGAGGAGCGCGCGGCCUUCACCGAGGAGUAUCGGAAAGAGUUGGAAGUCGAACGGAAGAAGCACGGCGCGGAAGUGCAGGACGUGAAAAAAAUGUUCGAGGAUAAUGUGGAAGAGAAGCUGAAAGACCACGAAUUGGAGUUGGAAAAACUCUCAACAAACCACAACGCCCGACUGCAGGCAGAAGCGGAUGCGUGGGCCGUCGAAAAGGCGGAAAUCUUGGAAAAGUGCGAAGAAAAAAUAUCAGCCCUGGACGCACAGGUCCAGAGGUUGCGGGCGCAGCACGGUGCCGAAAUUGAGUCGCUGAAGCAGGAGACAGACCAAAAGGUCGCUAGCUUGCUGGACGCGAAACGGGCGGAAUGGGGCAAGAAAGAGCAGGAUUUGUUGGACAAGUACGAAAAGAUGGAAAACGAAAAUUCGCUGCAGCUCGCGAAGCAGGCGGAGCAACACUUUGGUAAACAGCAGCAGUUCGACGAGCACGUGUCGCGCUUAAAAGAGGACUGCGACGCGAAACUGCAGAAACAGGAGCAGGAGAUGGUCAACUCAGUCGCAAACGCUAGGAAAGAGGUUGAAAACGAUUUCACGGACAGAAUACGAGAGUUGAACGAAAAGCACCACACCGUCCUGAAGCAGGAGCAGGAGAAGGCGGUGCUCGCAGCGAAAGCCGAGAGUGAAAAGGUCGCCGCCGGGACAGCCCUCAGAGAGGCUACGUUCAAAGAGAAACUGGCGGAGGCGGCGGCGCGCCACGAGGAGGCGGUGGAGCGCGAAAGAACGGCGAGCGCGGAAUUCCUCGAAAAAGAGAAGAAGAUCGCAACGCAGCGCGAAAAAAUCGCUUUGGACCAAUUGAGAAACGAGCUGGAGGCGGAAAUGUGGAGUCUCAAAAACGAUUUGGAGAGCCAGCUGAAAGCCGAGAAGCGAGCAGCCGAGGAAAUCCGAUUGCUGUUGGAAACAGAGCGGGCGAGGGUGUUUGUUUUGCGAAGGCAGUGUUUGCAUUUUUCAGGAUGUCAAAAUCUACAUAUCGAUUGCUCCGUAAGGGUGUUUCCGAGUGUCGUGUGAAAUCCACAGAAUGUAUGAAAAAAUUAAGAUUAAGAGAUGAAAUUAAAUAGGUUCUGGAGCAGCGCAGCCUGCACGACAAGUCGGACUCCGCGAACCAAUCCAAAGUCCAGGAGCUGCUGGACCAACAUGGCAAGAUUCAAAACGAUCUGCAGAGCGAGAACAAACGGCUCAAGGACCGAAUGGAGGACGCGUGGUCAAAAAUUCCGAAACUGGAAGAUGUCAUCGCGGCCAAAACCUCGGAAAGAGCUAGCGUCGAAGCGAAAGUGCAGGAAACUGAAGAAAAGGUUCUCGCCCUCGAAACCGCAAACGCGGUGCUACAAAAGGAGGUGGUAGUGCGGGACCGCAAAAUUGAAGACUUGCCGGCGGAAGUCCGCGGCCAGUGCCUGGACGAAUUUGCAGUCCGCGAGAAGGAACUGCAGGCACGCAUCCACGAGCUCACCACUUCCUCCGCGGCGGUGCGCGAAGCCGUGGAGCAGGAGCGGUCCGUGCAUUUUGACCGCCUCACGCAGCUGCGCACGGACCACGCGGGGGAAGUGCAAAGUUUGAAAACGGAACACAGCCAAUACGUGCAGUCGCUGCGGGACGAGCACCACGACCAGCUUCGGCGGAACGAAGAGUUCCUCGGCGACACGAUGGCACAGCGCCUAGGUGUUAUUGUGUCCAACCCGGCCUCGGCGGACGAACGCGAGAAAAAGCAACGCGAAUCCUACGAAGAAAAACUCGCUCGCGUCGCCGAAGACUUGGCAGGGAUGCAAAAGGAGAAAACCAACGCGUCGACGGAAGCGGCACAGCUGCGAAGGACGUUGCAACAGAAGCAGGACGAGGUACUUGAUUUCCCAUUCCGAAAAUCAUGUAUAUGUUGUUUGUGUCAAAAAUUUUGGUCUUGAUCAUGCUGCAACAUUUUUGCAAAUGGUUUUUUGUUCUUUUUCGGUUUUUUUGGGCGCAUGGCCCAGCGUUAUACCUGCGUGAUCAACGCAUCGUGUAUUCAAAAAAUGCGACAGCUUUCCGCACUGGAGGAGGUUCGAGACGCUCUGGAGCAGCGGGUGCGCGAGUUGGCGGAGCACUCGGAAAGCCACAUCAGCGAGUUACGGGAACAGUCCCGCAGAACGAAGUAUGAUCUGGAACUGGAGUCGCAGCGCGCGGUCGACGCAAAAACGGCGGAAGUCACCCACUUAUCACAGGAGCUCGCGCAAACAAAGGCAGAACUGGAGGAGAAGACGAGAGAAGCAGCCGACGCGUCUGAACAGUAUGUCGCCACAAAUUCUGAACUUCUGCAAAAGUCGAUGCACCUGGAGACGGCACAGUUGGAACUUUUGACAAAGGACACCUCUCUUCAGGCGACCAACCAGGAACUCGCGCAGACUUCCAAGGACGUGGAGCAGCUGCGAACGGAGGUGAGCCGGCUGUUUUCCGAGAACGCGAAGAUGCAGCGCGACUUGGACGACAAGGAGGCGGAGCUGCGGCAGAAAACUGCCGAGUUGUUCAGCGAAAAGGAGCGGGAUGUCAACAACGCGGUGGCGGCGAAGAACAGUCUCGCCAAACUGUACGAUAACAUCCUGGCCGAUGAGUGGGCCGCGCACGGCGAGGUGAAGGCCGAGCUCGAAAUAAGAACGAUUUCCUUGCUCGAGGAAGCCGUGUUGCAGAAGGACGGAGGUCUGGUGACAACCGACGGCGCGGGAACAGUGCUAGUAUCCGCGAACGCGUCCGCAACGCCCUCCUUGCUGCCCACACCCGGCGGCGGCGGCGGCGACCGGAGCGCACAUGAACGGGCAGCGACAGCUACCUUCAACGUCAAUCCAGUGCACCACCAGAUUCGGGGCGUGCCACGGGGCAAAGGUUCUUCGGGAAAAGGCAGUCCGCUUUACUACGCAGAGCCGCCCGGUGGAGCCGGAGAUUUUGGCUCAGAGUGUGAGUCGACCACGACUACUAGAAUACAACUGGCGCCCCCAGUAAUGAGGUCUGCUGUAGUGUCCGCUUCUUCGUCGAGGUGGAAUCGUGAUAUGCAAGUAAGUGCGGAUCGUGAGCGGUCGUCUCCUCACGAACAGGACCACCUCGUCGAUGCGUACGUGGAAAACUCAACAGCGACGACGUCAAGCAGUAAGCUGUUUGACCCCGAGCACUACGCCGAGGCGGACUGGAUUCGCCGGAACCAGGUGUUGCAAGCGGACAACAUUCGACUCAUUGGUCUCGUGGCGGAACUGAAGGCAAUGGUGGCGGCAUUGCGGAAAGAGCUGAAGAACUCGGAGCGGCUCCGGCGGGAGGAGGCGGAGAGUAACCGGGCAAGGAGCAAGAGCUCAGCGUUGUCCUGGUGGUGAGCGCGAUUUGCUCACUCGUGCUGUGUUGCAGUUCCCCCACUCAGGUGGAGCGAGAGUAGGACAGUGGAAUCGCGGCGGAACAUCAGAGGUAUGCGUGCUACUCACGUAGGUGCUUGUAAAAUGAUUUUUCACACCUUUGCUAAGUGCAAAAGGACAACUGAAAGCUAUAUAUUUUGUAUCAAUUGACGGCUGUGGAGCUGGAGGUCGCAACGCCACUCACGAAUUAUACUUACUCAAUUUUUCGACUCAAUUUCAAAUCGAUGCUGUUGGCCAAUGCCACAAUAACCAAAAGUUUAUCUAUGGACAUUAUUUUUUCGUUAUAGUGUCGACUUAUUUGUGCUCCGGUCGGGUCUACAGCCUCGACGCGUGCUAAAGUCCUUAUGUCGCUUCUUCAUCAAGAAAGGGAGAAGGCAAGGAGUGUACAAUCAAUCAUGAAUGCUGUCUCUGCUCAGUUGGAGCAGCCCAGAAGUGCACCCUCGAGUGUUGUAUCAUUGGACUGGAUGAAGUAUGUACAAUUGGAGAAAAUUAAAACGAGAUCAAUCCGCUGCCGGUGAAAUGGUAGUACUUUUUAGCGCAGUCAGGUCCCGUGCAUUUCCAUAGUUC